UUGUUUUAGUCUUGACAGAUUGUAUGUUUUUCAGAAUUUAUCUAGGUUUUCCAGUUUGCAAUUGUUCAUCAAUAAUAAUGGUCCCUUAUGAUUAUGCUCCUUUACUUCUAAGGUAUCUGUUGUAAUGUCGCUUUCCUUUCUGUUUCUUUCAGUUUCCUCUCUUUCCUUCUUACCUUAGGUACGGGUUUAUUGAUAUUGUUUGUUUCUUUCAAAAAAUGCGUUUCCAGUUCUUGCACAUGCACACUGGGCAUUCUGGCACACGGGCAGUGUGUUUAGAGGCGUCACUUAGCGACGAUCAUUCUGGGAUGCAAGAUUCCAAACCGUUGAGCUUCCCAGCUGGGAGGUUGUGGCGGGACGGCUCUGGCUUACCUCUAGUGCUCGUGUUGGGUUUAGGGGACUGCGAAGAGCCGAGGGGGAGGUGAGGUGUGUUUGGAGUCUGUAGGCUCUGCGAUGAAGAAGCUUUUUGGCUUCAGGAGUAAGAAGGGCGUGUCACCCUUCGGCUCCUCCAUCAGCCUGGGGAGAGACAGAGGUCAUCAUAAAACCAGCUUCCAGCCCUGGUACCACAUCCGAGACAAGGACCUCCGAAAGAUUCACAAAGCUGCCAGCGUAGGCAACGUAGCUAAAGUGCAGCAGGUCCUGUUGCUUGGAGAGAAUGGCUUGAACGAGAAGGACAAGAGGAACAGGACUGCGCUCCACUUGGCCUGUGCCAAUGGCCAUCCAGCGGUGGUGGCCUUCCUCCUGGAGAGAAAAUGCCUGCUUAACCUCUGUGACAGUGAAAACAGGACCGCGCUGAUGAAGGCCGUAGAAUGCCAAGAGGAGGAGUGCGCGACUCUCCUGCUGGAGCACGGCGCCGACCCGAACCUCACGGAUGCCAAUGGCAACACCGCGCUCCACCACGCUGUCUUUUGCCAGAAUAUAUCACUCGCAGCAAAGCUGCUUUCCUAUGACGCCAAUAUAGAAGCCAGGAACGAGGAUGACCUCACACCACUAUUAUUGGCCAUAAGUGAAAGGAAACAGCAAAUGGUGAAAUUUUUAGUAAAGAAAGAAGCAAAUGUACACGCGGUUGAUAAGAUGAAAAGAACCGCCCUCAUCCUUGCUGUCAGUUACGAGUCUAUGAGUGUCGUCAGCCUUCUCCUGCAGCGAGGUGCUGACGUCUUUUCUCAAGAUGUCUUUGGACGGACUGCAGAAGAAUAUGCUGCUCUGAGUGGUUUUAAUAUCAUUUGCCAACUGAUCUCUGAAUAUAAAGAAAAGAGGCCGAAAACUCCUCCCGAAAAGAGCAACCCAGUGGAUACGAGUUCUGAAGAAGACUCUUUAAGCAGGUUUUCCAACAAACCUGGUGCUGACUCAUGGCCUCCGUCAGAUGAUGAAGUCUUAGAUUUUGAGACCAAGCAUGUCCCGAAACCAAACUUAGCAAAGCUACUGAAGGCUUUUCAGCAAUCCAAGAGAAACGACUGGGAUUCGACUAGUUUGAGCCUCAGUAGUGAGACUUGUCAAAGAGCCGGGCAUUUGAAAGCUGAUGAUCGGCGUCCGUUGGUGUCCCAAUCAGUGACCCAAAAUCAGUCAGCACCCACAGAACUCGGACAGAAGACCGCAACAGAUAAAGAAAAGAUGAAAAACGCAGCGAUGUUUCUGGUAGGGAAUUCCAUGCCCCAUCACCCAGGCCAGUCUCCGCUGCCAGAAAACAGAGAAAGCAAACAAGAUUUGUCAGGAGAACUAGAUGUGGAAGUGAUAUUAGAGGAAGAACAAGGAAAACUUCAUGGAAAUGAAAAUAACGAUUCACAGGUUGAAGAAGAAAAGAAGCACAAAAGUAGUGAAGUGGAAGUAUCAGACAAUGUAUGCGAUGCUGCUGAAGAGAGUCGAUUGAGUCAGCAGAGAAAGAGUGGAGGAAAUAACAAGCAGGAGUUUCCUGCUAUGCAGAAUAAAGGUUCUGAUGGUGUGAGGACUUCUUUCAGCAUUUCUUAUGAGGCGAGACUAGUGGUGAUGAACUCCCUCAGUAGUGAACCUGGCAUGCCCAGGAAGGAAAUAGAGAGAAAGAACAAUGACAAAUGGACACCAGAAGAAUGUGUGAUUGCACCAGUAUUUGAAAAGACCAAUUCACUGACUGAUGGUCUGCUGCACGUGAACGAUGACAGCAUUUUAAGGAAGGUGGAUCAAGAUGACAGCAGGCCUGCAAGGAAAACAGCAUAUGAAAAGAAGAAGGUUUCUGAUAGUGGUAGAAAAGCCAAAGAUCUGUUACGCAAAUACCACAUGCUGCAGGAUGAAAUAGCCAGCCUAAGACUGGAAAUAGAUGCAGUAAAAAAUCAGAAUUGGGAAAAUGAGAAGAAAUAUUCUGAGGAUAUUGAAAAUCUUCAACAGGCAAUGAAAUCGAUAGAGGAAAUAUUCACACAGACUAUAUUCCAGUAUACUGGUCAGCUUACUGUUCUGGGAGCUGAGAAUACAAUGCUCAACUCUGAGCUGGAGAACAAUAGACAAAGCAGACACAGACGGGAGACAAAAGUGGAAUCCUACCGUUCUAGACUGGCUGCUGCCAUUCACGAUCAUGAGCAAGGUCAGACAUCACAGAGAGACCUGGAACUUGCCUUCCAGAAAGCACACGAUGAGAGGUUAUGCUUGCAGGACCAAAUGAAGUGCCAUGUGACUAAGCUGAAAAGUAACAGGGAGACGGCUUCCCAGCAACUUCCUAAAGUGGAAAGUAAAUUCAAUAAGCUAAAAAUGAAGCCGCAUCAGACGAGAGAUGAUCUCAGAGGAAAGACUUUGAAGUUAGAAUGUGUCCAGAGAGACCUACGCCAAGCAGAGUGUCAAAAGCAGGAAAUUGAACACAUGGACCAGAAUGAACAAGGCAAAGUGAAUGAAAACCUUGGAAAGCAGGAAUCCUUAGAGGAGAGAUUAUCUCAACUCCAGAGUGAAAAUAUGUUGCUCCGACAGCACCUGGAUGAUGCACAAAACAAAGCUGACAGUAAAGAGAAGACAGUCAUUAGCAUCCAAGACCAUUUUCAGCAGAUGGUGAGAAAACUUCAUGCUGAAAGUGAGAAACAACGUCUGAUGCUGGAGGAAAGAAACAAGGAGUUAAUCAACAAAUGCAAUCAUUUAGAAGAGAGAAUGUGUCAGUAUGAAAAUGAGGAAGCAGAAGGAAAAUUGCAAGAAGCACAGGAUCAACAUACAGAGGCCAUGAGAUGUGCUGAAAAGACACAGGAUCACAUCCAAAGACUUGAAAUUGAAAAUGCCAAGUUACAGACUACAAUCAAAAAGCAAGUGGGCAAAGUUGAACAACUUCAGAAAACCCUUUCAAAUACAAGAUUGACUGAUCAUCUUCCAGCAGAGCUGGGAGCUGCGUGUUCACAGUGUCUGCACCUGGAUGCAACAUAUCAAGUUCUUCAACGGGAGUUGUUAUCAAUGAAAGGAUGGCAAAGGAAGUGUGAGAAACUAGAGAAAGAGAACAAGAAGUUGGAGCAAGAAGUAGUGAAACUCAAAAGUCCUAUGGAACUGAAGAUGAUAGAACACCCUCAAGUUGAGCAGUAUAAACGGGAGAUUGAAGAAAGAGUGAGACAGGACUUCCUAGAGAAAUGGAAAGAAGUCAACCUAUUUUUGCAGGACUAAUUGGAGGCUGGCAGAGAUGAGCACCGAACUUGAGGUGGAGAAACAGCAGAACAGGUCUUUACUGAGCACUCUCACCACAAGGCCAGUCCUGGAGCCGCCCUUGCAUUGGAAAUUUCAAUACUUCAUAUGACUCUUUCUCCAAAAACAAACGUAGGAUUUUCUACCUCAAUUCCAUGCCCUUCAAAUAACAGCAUGGCAACUUACUUGAUCAAGUUUAGUUCUACUAGCUUUUUUUCCUUGGGUUUAGGAUUUCUGAUAUGAAUGAUUCUUAUUUUCAACUUCUGAGCUGUUUAUUUGACUUAUGUGCACUAAGUAAAAGCCAUAAUUAUCUGUGCUAACAAGAAGACAAAAAUUUUAUGGUUUUUUUUGUCCUAGAUUUCUAUUUUUAAGAGAUACUUAUUAACUUCUUAAAUUUCUUGAAAAGCUACAUUUAAAUUCUACUUUAGAAAUGAAAUCUUAUUGCCUAGUAACCAAACAUAUACUUUCAGAUAUUUGACCUCCUUUCUAAUUGAUUUCGCCUUGGCAAGUGUUCAUAAUCAUCUCCAAGCUCUGCUGAACCCACUACAGUUUUUCUACCCCUAAGCAUAAGUGAAUGACUGGCAUCUAAACACUAGCCAUAUAUGGAUGUUUUUGUAUUUGAAGGAAUCCUAGAGAAAUCCUUUUUAUGAAUUAAACAAACUUGUAGCACUAUAUCAGAAGAUUAAUUUCUAGUUUUCGGUCAACAUUUUGGUCAUUUUCUU